AUGGCUGAAGAACCACCACGAACAGCUUACCAAGCUCUCGUCUUCGGCGCCUCUGGCGUGACAGGCUACCCUCUAGUCAAGCAACUGCUCUCCUACCCGACACCCACCACUUUUUCCAGAGUCAUCGGUGUGACCAACCGCCCGCUGAAGAAAGAUGUCGCUCUGCUGCCAGAUGACCAGAGGAUUGAGCUUUACAGCGACCUUGACUUGACGGAUCGCAACAAGACACUCUUCAGUAUCCGGCAUAUUCCAGGCAUAGAGUACACCACACAUGUCUACUUCGCAGCCUACUCUGGUCAUGGCAGCGACUACCAAGAGCUCAAGCGCAUCAACUGCGAGAUCCUUACCAAUGCGGUCGGGACAUGUGAGGUUUGCUGUCCGAAUAUGAUGUACUUCACUCUGCAGACGGGUGGGAAGGCGUAUGGCGUCGAAUUCAAUGACAAGGUGCCAUACAAUCCUCCACACAGCGAAUCAACCCCACGCAUACCAGAACCAUACGCCUCCAACAUCUUCUACUACGAACAAUACGACAUCAUGAAACGAGCGUCCGAAGCAAAACCCUGGACUUUCUGUGAGAUCCGUCCCGAUGCUAUCGUAGGUUUCGUGCCUCAGAACAAUGCCAUGAACAUUGCACAAGCGCUCGGCCUCUUCUUAUCGCUCUGGAGGACAGUCGAAGGCGAAGGUAGCGAAGUUCGCUUUCCUGGAAAUAACGAUGCCUGGAUGGCGUUACAUACAGAUACAUCCCAAGACAUCCUUGCCCGCUUCCACAUCUUCGCCAGCCUGGUACCCGACAGAACAAGCGGCAAAGCCUUCAACGUCGUUGACGGUCCAGCAACAAGUUGGUCCGAAGUCUGGCCUCAAGUCUGUUCGUACUUCGGUCUUGUGGGCGUGGCACCACACUCAGACCGUGAGCCCUUCUCAGCGCAGGAAUGGAUGGAGAGUCAUCAGCAGGAAUGGGCGAAUUGGGUUUCGAAGAACCAGCUCAAAGAGGGUGCGCUAGAGGCAACGAGCUGGAAGUUCAUGCAGGAUGUUAUUGGUAUCCCUUUCCGACGGGAUUAUGAUCCGACAGCGAGUCGGAGUAUUGGCUUCACGGAGGAGAGGCCACAUGCGGAGGGUUAUAAAAUCUGCUUUGAUGAGAUGAGGAGGGCGAGAAUUACACCAUGA